AUGGAAAAUAUCCCUAGAAACUCUAGAGCAAACAAGCGUUCAAUGGGCCGUCAGAGAAUUCUCAUGGACCAAAGUCGGAAGAGGGAAGAAGAUCGACAAGUCACUUUCUCCAAACGCCAUAGUGGUUUGUACAAAAAGAUCAGCGAAUUGAGCCUUGUUUGUGCUAUCGAUUUUAUUAUCAUAAUCUUAUCUCCAUCGGGGAAGCUCCAGUCAUUUGCUUCUCCGAACAUGGAGUUGAUUGUAAUGAAACUACUCAAUAACAAGAAACUCGAGAGCAAUAUGGAAACCAAUUUUCUUAUGGAGGCGUCCGUUAGAGAAAAUCUGGCUAAUCUAACUAGCCAACUUGUUGAGGUAAAGAAUCUAUUGGAUAAGGAGAAAGAAAGAGAAAGACAAAUAGAUAAAAUGGUUAAAGUACGUAAAACAAAAUCGAUUAUUGAUACACCUAUUUCGGAUCUCAAUGAGGGAUGGGCAACAAAAGUAAGAACAGAUAAGGGUAAGAAAGAAGAUGUGAAAAAGAAUGAAGUGGGUAAGGGUACAAGCUGGCCCUGCUAA